CUGCUACCGCCAUCGCUAUACCCGCCUACAAUCGAGACCCCUGUCUUCAAAAUGCACGAGCACGAGCAUGAAAUGUCCUACAUGGGCCCUCGGGGUGGGAUAUAUACCCUGUCUUCACCACAAACCCCAAUGAACUAACACCACCCCUCUCGAAGCCUUCAAUCACGACCAAAACUCAGACGCAGAGGCCGAAUACGACCGUCUCCGCGAUCUAGCUCGUCAAGAAGCCAAGCAGCGCAACUCUUGUUUCCAGCGGUCUCAAGAAGCCUACUCCAGCGGCGAUGGCGCCAGGGCCAAGGAACUUUCUGAACAAGGCAAAGCCCACGGCCGCAAGAUGGACGACUACAACAAACAAGCAUCGGAUUUCAUCUUCCGCGAGAACAAUGCCAACGGGCGCGUCGCAGCCGACACCAUCGAUCUGCAUGGUCAGUUUGUCGAAGAGGCAGAGGAGAUUCUCGAGGAGAGGAUCAAAUAUGCGAAAACGCAUGGACAGGACCAUCUUCAUGUCAUCGUCGGCAAAGGCAACCACUCCGUCAACCACAUCCAGAAAAUCAAGCCCCGAGUGGAACAAGUCUGUCAGGAACUCGGCCUCCAGUACGCGACCGAGGAAAACGCAGGCCGGAUUUAUGUGAACCUUACUGGUGGGCCCGCCGAUUUGGCGACCGCCCCGGUGCCCUCGCAUCCUCACUACCAGCAACAGCAGCAACACCCGUCGGGCAGCUAUGCUCCUCCCCAGCAGCAACAACAGCCCAGCUAUGCGCAUCCCCAUCCGGAGCAGGAGCAGAGUACUUAUGCUCACCCUCACUCCCAUGCUCACCCGCCGUCGCAGCAUGUCCAACAGCAACAGCAGCAAUAUCCUAGCCAGCAGGCACAGCCGGCGCAGCAACAAUAUCCCCAGCAGCAGCAGCAGCAGCAGCAACAGGGCGCGAACCAGGACGAGAUCGAGCAGGUGGUUAAUGCGGUUCUGCCCAAGGUGCUGCGUAAGCUGGAGAAGGCUUGCUGUGUGGUGAUGUAAUUGGAACGGUAUUAUGCUUCUGUAUCGGGCUUGGGUCAGCUGCGAGGUAUCUGGAUCUAAUACGAUUAGAUUUGAUUGGAUUGGUAUAAACUAGAGAGGGCAGGGGCUGUGAUUGAUCGCAUUGUUAUUCUCGCAUUGGCGGAUGGAUUACAUAUACCCCGGAUAGUUGGAGCAUGUUGGAUUCGGUUCUGGACGAUGUCGAAUCGUCCCGUAUAAGUUUUCGCGGGCGGGAAUUUGUUACAAGUGGGAAAAAGAAAGGAAGAAGGUAGGAAGGAAGGGUUCGUAUUGAAAUCGCCACGGGUGUGUUGUCUCAGUCCAAGGCAUCCAAUAGACCAAAU